AUGAAUGGUCUUCCCUUCAACGUAGAGGUAGGAGGGAUUCAACCUGCCACACAGACAGUUCCUUAUAUCAAGCCAUGUGUCUGGGAGCAGUCUGACUGUUGGAAACCUUGGACGUGGCUGUCAGAUUUCGAGUGGUUGGAAGAAGCCAUGACUCACCAAUGGAUGAGAAUGGCCUGCGACUGUCUGAGGACGCCACAGACUGAGUCAUUGGUAAUUCUCAUGAGCCAAAAGCAAAGAGUAGAUCUGUGGUACGAGGUGAGACACAGAACAACACGGCACCGAAGGAUCGAGGUGAAAGGAGAUCUUCGGGAACCCAAGCUCACGGAAGACGACAACGUCACAUGGGAGCACCCAAGAGACCCGCUCGCCCUCUGCAAUUUAUAUCAGUACCAAGCUAACGAACCUACCAGGGCUCAAGUAUAUUUCGAUGCAGCUGAGUCUGGUGAAUGUUUCGCAAAGGCUUUUGUCGUCGAUGAAGACAAGGAGGUACACAAAGUCGCCUGGCAAUCGCGCGCCAAAUCGCGGGUCCAAUCCGUGGCGAAAUGGCGCGUGCUUUGUCCCAGAGCAUUUCCUUCGUGGCGCAAUUGGCUAGCGCGUCAGACUGUUAAUCUGGAGGCUUACGAUGCAGUGCUUGGCUUGGGUGGGUGGAUGGGACCGCUUUUUAUGGGGAUGGCGGGGCUUGGCGGCCCCGGGGCCCUGUGGUGGCACUUCACCUGCUUGCUUGCUAUGACUUCCUUUGACGGUGCUUCAACGAUGAACAUUACGGAACAGUUCUUUUUUUUGUUUAUUGUGGAGAUAAGAAAGAAAGCAUCGAGAGGCAGAAUUUGA